AUGGCGACAUCAGGCGAUACAGCUUUUCUAACCGACCUUGAUUCCUUGCCAACCACGCCCAAUCCUGGUCCCGAUGAGCAGAACCAAGUGCAACUUUAUGGCUACAUUACUUCUCACAGACCUAGCAAGAGCUUCGACUUUAUUCAGCUCGUCGAUCCACGCUUAGAGCUUGCCGUACAAGUCAUCCUCUCCCAUACCGUUUCCGCUGCAAAGAUUGGGGAAAGUGAUGUGGUAGAGAUGCGCUUAGGUGCCAAGGGCCCGAGUUUCGAUAGAGGGUCGAGCGACGAAGAUCUCCGUGAGGAGCACCCUAGUAUUUUCAGAGCUCCUCGCCCCCAUACACCUAUUCGGAUCUCUGGGACCAUUGUGCGACGACAGACACGGCCGAAAAAAGACCAGCAGCGAGUCGCAUCAGGAGGCCAUGAUUCUUCACAGCGACAAGUCCCGGCCAAUACGAUUCGCACGCUAGACCCCUACGUUGGAGACAUUGACCUCAUAUCUCACGUCGAAAUCAGAGCAGAUUCUUACAAAUUUCUCAAUGGAAUGCCAUCCGAUAUUACUGCAAAAUGCGAUACAGUAUUCCCGCCAGAGUUGCGCCAUUUGCAGUUCAGGACGGACUCAGAACUUCGUCGCCGGAUUCGGCUACGCUCACGAAUUGCAGGAAAGAUACGAGAACAUAUGCUGAGCAAUGGUUUCGAUGAGAUUGAGACGCCCUUGUUGUUCAAAUCCACACCGGAGGGGGCUCGGGAAUUCAUUGUCCCCACAAGAAAGAAAGGUCUGGCUUACGCACUGCCACAGAGUCCGCAGCAAUAUAAACAGGUUCUGAUGGCCUCGGGAAUAUGGAGAUACUUUCAAUUCGCCAAAUGCUUCCGCGACGAGGAUCUGCGAGCCGACCGACAGCCCGAAUUCACCCAGCUUGAUCUCGAGAUGGCGUUUGCCAGUAGUGCUGAUGUCAUGACCGCUGUAGAAGAGCUGCUCAUCCAUGCAAUCUGGCCUAAUGUACCUGAUAUUGCUCCUCUGGAGACAUCCUCGUCAACGAGCUCUUCCAGGGCCAAAUCGGCCGAUGUAGAAUAUCGCGACCUGGUAUUUCCACAAUUGACAUAUGAAGCCGCAAUGACCCGGUAUGGCUCGGACAAGCCUGACACGCGUCUUGGCUCUGAGAUUCGUCGGGUGGACCAGUGGCUCCCGCCCAAUGUGAAGAAUAUGGUGACUUCGCUUGACGAUCCCGUCAUGGAGAUGGUGAAAAUCGGUAUGCAGGGAUGUGAGCCAGCGGAAAGCCAGAAAUUUGUGGCUUCCUUCUUGGAAGCGUCUUCAACGGCAAGAUAUACGAAUGACAACGCACGAAUCCCCGGAGUGGCGGUUUUGGAUCCUCUAAAGCCGCUGCAUGGCUUAGCUAGCUUUGGCCACGAAGGAGCAGCCAAAGUGGAAGAAGAGUUUGAUCCCGAGCCGGGCGACAUCCUGGUUCUUUAUAGCCGUGAUGGUAAGCCAUUUACUGGCGGCUCUACUGUCCUUGGAGACCUGCGUCGGGACAUCUACCAGCACGCCAUAUCGGAGGGUCUACUCCCUGCCCCUUCGGGAUUCUCUGCCUUGUGGAUAAUCGACUUCCCCUUAUUCUCUCCGACAGAAGACUCCGAACCAGGACAAGGCGGAUCUGCAGGGAUCUGUUCAACACAUCAUCCAUUCACAGCUCCCAAACAAGGUCAGGAAUUGUCGGUGUCCACGUUCAAGAAGAACCCAUUGUCCAUUAUUGGGGACCAUUAUGACCUUGUCAUCAAUGGGGUUGAAGUGGGUGGCGGUUCCUGUCGUAUACACCGUGAGUUCAUGCAGGAAUUUAUCCUCCGAGAGGUUCUGAAGAUGGACCCGGAGCGCGUCAAAGAUUUCGGACAUCUACUGAGAGCAUUGCGUACUGGCUGUCCACCGCAUGCUGGAUUUGCCCUAGGAUUUGAUCGCUUGAUGGCCAUGUUGACGAAUACUGCGAGUGUACGAGAUGUGAUUGCCUUUCCAAAGUACGCGGAUGGCGAAGACAAGUUUGCUGGCGCACCUUCACCGAUCACCCGAGACCAGCUGGCAACUUAUCACCUUGUCGUCCGCGACACGGCGGCUGCUGGGUCGACUCCCAGAUUCUCGCGCAGGGCGUGA